CGUGACGUUGCUUAACGAAUGAACGUCGUGAGAUUUGAAAUCGUGCGUGGUCUUUGUUCACGAGUCGAGACCGUCAACGUUACUUCAGUUCCGUGAAGGGGACCCUGUGUUGGUGAUCCGUUUAUACAUGAUCGCUGCUGCCGAAAAAAACCACGUUAUUUUCACAUAUAAUUUAUAUAGAUAUAUAUAUUUAACAAGUGAAAGUGACGUUUUCAUAAAUUAUAAAUACAACGACAUUAAUUAUUAAUUGUUAUAUACUACGACGAGUGAAUGUUGGAUACUGAGAGCAGACACAGCGCUGGGCUGGAUCAGGGACCAACAGUCAGGGACCCUUGGCUCACAAAUACAAUGGAUUACUAUCUCGGCGCGGACAGUCUAUCCUUACAGGAGAUGCUUGAUGUUGACAUUAAAUGCGAGGUCGACAGUGUUAUUGGUGGACACCCUGAACUCGGGUUCAAUUUCACCGAUCUGUCGCCGCUCGAACUCGACGAUGAUCCAGUGGGAUGUCAAAGUGACUUGAACAGCUGGUUCGGAUCGGCCAGUCUGCUGAACGGGAAUAGCAACAGUUCUCACAGUAAUUUCAACCUUGACCUCAACGGUGGAGAUGUUGCAUCGAUAAUGGUGAACCCAAACUCUGUGAUGCCGCACAUGGUUACACGAACUCCAACUCCACACAAUAAUAGUAGUAAUAGUAAUAACAACAACAGUAAUUGUAAUAAUAAUAAUAAUAACAGUAGUAGCAAUAAUAACAAUAAUAAUAACAACAAUAAUAAUAAUAUCAACAAUAAUAACAUCAUAAAUAAUGGAGUCGUGCAAGCAAGGCGACAUUUCUCAUUUCCCAUCAAGAAUGAGAUAAAAGAAGAAAAGGUCGAAGUUGAUGAUGAUCUCGAGACUGGCAAUGAAACGGAUAAUGAGCAUUACGAGAAUGACAUCACCGAAACGGAGGAUGAGGAAGACGAAGAUGAUGACGAAGAGGAAGAAGAAUCUGAAGACGAACAGGAGAAUGCGACUAUGAUGAUGAACGCCGCAAGGGCAAUUAAAUUGAAACAGCAACAACAGCAACAAUUACAACAGCAUCAGCAGCAGCAGCAGCAACCGAUUCACGUUAAAACAGUAUCAACCAUCAAAACAUUACCCCCGCAGGCAAUCAAUAAAAUAACAAAUGGCCAAAAAGUUGAUUCGUUGGCUCAAAUUAGACUUGGAAAUUUGAAACUCGUACGGCACAGUCCCAAUGGCCAGACACAACAUCAUGUAAGAAAAAUAUACAAUAACAACGUACACAUUACAGCACCGAGUACAACUGGAAACUCAGCCUUGAAAAGGGACAAAGAUUUUACUCUCAAUAUUGCCGAGUACGAUGAGAAACCUUAUCCAAAACCAGCCUACUCCUACUCUUGUCUUAUCGCAAUGGCAUUGAAGAACAGCCAGACGGGCUCGUUGCCAGUAUCUGAAAUAUAUAAUUUCAUGUGUGAACAUUUUCCGUACUUCAAAACUGCGCCAAAUGGUUGGAAAAAUUCAGUGAGGCACAAUUUAUCAUUGAAUAAAUGUUUUGAAAAAAUAGAAAAACCAGCGGGAAAUGGCAACCAACGAAAAGGCUGUUUAUGGGCGAUAAAUCCACAAAAAAUAGCCAAAAUGGACGAGGAAGUACAAAAAUGGUCACGAAAAGAUCCACUGGCGAUAAAAAAGGCCAUGAUAUAUCCCGAUCACUUGGAACUUCUCGAACGAGGCGAAAUGAAAUACGCAGGAAGUGGCGGUGACGAUUUGUCGGAAGAAACAGAGAGUUCGGGUGAUGAAACCGCCGAAGAAAAUGCAACUUAUGAUGAACCAUCACUUGGACAUAUCGCCGCUAAUUCCGUUACUGAUAGUUAUGAUGAAAGCAGUCAAGAUUGUGACAUUGACAUCACUGAACAUUUGUACGAUGAAAUAGACAUCGAGGACAACAAAGAAGCUCUGCAUAUGCAGUUUAAUAUUACCAAGGAGGAACCAUAUGAGUAUGAAUUAAGUCCCAGUGCCAAGAGACAAAAGACAUUGACUGGAACCAUUCAAGGAAAUUACGUGUAUCAAUCUGUAGCGACGUCCCGUAGGAAAACGCCUUUACUCGUCAGAACGGGAGCUGCGAACGGCGCGUUUCUCAAGAUUGAAUAGAUCUCUUAGAUUUAAAUACUUUUUUUUUUUUUUUUUUUAUUAUAAAUAUACAUUUUUUAAAAAUUUUUUUUUUAUUUUGAUCCCGUUCCCUUGCUUUUCUCUCAAAAUCUUUAAAAAGUCAGAUUUGAAGUCAUAGUGCAAAGAAAAUUUUAUUCAGGCACUUUGUAUUGUUUAAUAUUUUUCUACAAAGGCUGUGUGUAUUUUUGAUACACAGGAAAAAAAAUAAUAAUAACAAUAAGAAUAAUUAUAAUAAUAAUAGUAUAAGAAACAUUUGCUACGAUAUUAAAUAAGUGUAAAUAUAAUUUGAAAAAUUUUUUUACAUGAACAAAAAUUUGUUUGAAAUUAAGGUGAGUCUCAGACAAUACCCCCCACUUUUUAAAAACAUUCAAUGGUUGAAUUGUCAUCAUUUUGAAAUUUAAUUAAUUAGUUAUAAAAAGUUAAAGAAUUAAUUAAAAAAAAAUUACUUACAGUUGACAUCAAUUAGAAGUUGAAUUAAAUUUGUGGAGUAAAUAUCAGUAAAAUCUUACUCAAUUUUAUAAUUAGAAUUUUCAAAUUUUGUGGGCUAAAAUUUACUUGCCAAAUUUCGAUUAACUUCUAAUUGAUGUCAAUUAUGUUUUAAUUGAUCAAGAAAAUAUGAAUACAGCUGACAGUUAAAAGUAAUUCAAUAUUUUUAAAAAGUGGAGAGUACUGCCCGAGAAUGUCCUUAAUUGCGUAAAGAAGAGAAAGAAAAAUGAUAGAAUAAAAAAAACUGUUUAUAAUUAUUUGGUUAAAAUUAUGUAAAAAUGAAAAUGAACAAUUUUUUAAUUAAGAUAUUGUAAAAUGAGUGCGUUCAUUGACAGUUUGAGACCGGGAGAGUAAAGCAAGUUUAGAUGUCAACGAAUGUGUCCUUCAGUUUAAUAACCGUAAUCUAUUGAUUUAGCCGAGUCAAUUUGACCGAGAAAGAGGGCAAUGAACUAAAAGAGAACAAGACUAAUAUGUUCGCACACAAAAUGUUCUUCCACGUACAUAUAUUUGUAUAUAUAAAUAUAUACAUGCCUAUAUAUACAUAUAUCCACAACAUUUCACUGUAAAUCAAUUCAUCUGUUUCAAUGUCGUGUGUGUAUUUUUGAUCAUAACUGCCAAUUUAAAUAUGCUAUUAUUUAAAUUAUUAUUUUAUAUAUUACACAAUUUUUUAAAACUGAAUACGCCGCUACUGCUUACAUAUUGCUAGUUGAUGAUGAUCAACAAUUAUUACACUCGUAAUAAUAACAAUAAUAAUAAUAAUAUUAAUUCGAUUGGGAGAUUUUUUAUACGCUACUUAAACUUAAGCUCAAUAGAUGGUCACUUAACUGACCAGACUGAUGUAACAUAACUUUUUUUUACACAAACAAGAAAAACAAUUGAACUAAAUCAUAGGAUUAACAAUAUUCCAUAUUCGUGUAUACCUAAAGAAUAAUAAUAAUAAUAAUAAUAAUAAUAAUAAUAACAAUAAUAAUAGUACACAGAGAAAAAGGAUUUCUUGGCGCAAUAAAAAUUUUUCGCGCCAAGAAAUCCUUUCUUUUGUGUAGGACUCGCAGAUAGACAAGUACAAAGGGUCAAAGAUUGUUGAUGAUGAUUCUAAAUUGUAUAAAGUUAUUAAUUUAACAAGAGAGAAAAAUGAUAAAAAAUAACAUUUUUUUUUACUGUGUUUAGUGUUAUAAAAAAAAAAAAUUUAUUAUCUUUAAAGUAUUUAACUUUAAUUAGAAGUAAAAAAUUUAAUUGGUCAAAUUAAGAGUGCUCAGGCCAGUGAAACAAAAUAAUCGAAUAAUAAAAGUCUAAUAAAAUGAGUUAGUUUUUUUAAGUACUAAAUAUUAUAUGUAGUGAUAACAAUAAGUUAACUUCUUUUCUAUUUUUAAGUAUGUAAUUACUUAUUCGAAUAGUGUAUUACCUCUAAAUCUAGAUUUAUAGAGUAACGCGUCCGGAGUAUAUUAAUAUUAAUUGAUAAUUAUAAUUAUAAUUUUGUUUGUAAUACUGCGCCGAGUCUAAGUAACUGUGGAUGUCCUGUAAUUUUUUUAAAACUCUGUUUAAAUUAUUGAGCGGUUGCAUUUGUGAUUCAUAGUGAAGUAUAUAUACAAAUAUCAUGUUAUUAAUUCUAAGAGGACUUACAUUUUUAUACAUCCUUUGAUUUUAGGGAGUUCUCUAAAAUCAAAAGGGCGUGUUUUUUUUAUUGCCAAUUCUUGGCUUAUUUUCGAGCUAAAAAUAAAAAAAAAUUUUGGAAGCCUAAAAGGCGCAUGACAAAUUGUGUGCCCUUAUAGAUUUCAAAAAUUUUUUUAAAUUUUGAGCUUCAGAAUAAGUCUUCAGAAUGAUUUGUAAUAAAAAAAAAAAAUUGUACGUCCUUUUGAUUUUAGGGAGAUCCCUAAAGCCAAAAAGGUUUAUAAAAAUAUGUCCUUUUGGAAUCUGUAAUGCGAUAUAUCAAAAGAUUUAACUUCGAGUGCAUUUAUAACUAUUUAAAAAGAAUAAUUAUCGUUUCAUUGGGGAUGGCACAGUACCCGAAAGCUCUUGUCCAAUGAAAACUAAAGGUGUUGUGACGAAUAACGAGAGCACCGUAACGUAUUAUUAAUAGUAAGAUAAUUUUGUACAUUAAAUGUAUAUAAUUUAUGGACAAAAACAAACAACGUGUAACGUACUUGUAAUUGGAUCAUAAGCUGUCCAUUUAAUUGAUGGUAAGAAUAUUAAAUCAGUUGUAAUUAAUUGAUCCCAUUGUAAGCUAAAAUUGAUUUAUUAAUUAAAAAUUAACAAUAAUAAUUUUACAUGAGUAAAUAUUAAAAUAUUAUAUAUUAAAUUUUUAAAUCUUUUUUAUAUAAUUCAAAAUUAAAUGAAUAUAUUGUAUAAAUAUAUUUGCGGUGGUAAUUAUUCAUUUUGUUAAUAUACUAAGUCUGUAUGAAAGCAAUAAGUAAGGGACCAAUUGUAUGGAUUCUUUAUAAUCUUAAUUAUUAUUGCUGAUUAUCAUUUUUUUUAACAAAAUAAUUAUCAUUAUUUUCAUCUUACAUGUACACCGAUAAAAUGUAUGUCGUUGAUAAUUAAUCAUCUGUAUAGAUAGUUUUUUUUUUUUUUUUGUAAAUAUAUCAGUAAUUUUUAAUUUCACUUUUUUCACUUUUGUACUAAAUAGAGUAGAUGUUUAUGUAAUUAUAAUUUAAAUGAUAGAAAGAAAAGAAAGAAACGAAUUAUAAUAAUGUCAGAA